AGGUCCCAUCGUAGAUGAUGUCGAGCUGGAAAAAUAAGAAGAAGCUUGAUGUAAAGACUCAGUUUCGUAUAAAAUUCAAACCUCUGGCAUGGAAUGCAUUUUCACAAAAUUAAUGUAUCUGAAUUAGAUACCUACUGAAAAGAUUGCAGAAAGAACUUACAGCUUUAAUGAAAGAUCCUCCUACAGGUGUUAAAGUAGAUGCUGAAAGUAUUUAUAAGAAUUUAUCUGAAUGGAUAGUUGACCUUGAUGGAGCCCCUGGAACAUUGUAUGCUGGCGAGAAAAUGCAGUUAUUAUUCAAAUUUGGUUCAAGGUACCCAUUUGAUUCACCACAGGUUAUGUUUGUAGGACCAAAUAUCCCUGUACAUCCACAUGUAUAUAGUAAUGGACAUAUAUGUUUGUCAAUUCUCACAGAAGACUGGUCUCCUGCUCUGUCUGUUCAAGCUGUUUGUCUUAGUAUUGUCAGUAUGUUAUCUAGUUGUACAGAAAAGAAGAGACCACCUGAUAAUGCUUUUUAUAUAAAAACCUGUAGUAAAAAUCCUAAGAAAACAAGAUGGUGGUAUCAUGAUGAUAAUGUAUGAGGAUGAAGUAUUGUAGGUGGCAAACUUUUUAAUUUAAACAGACAACUUGAACAUUUAGAUUCUGAUGGCUGUUAGUGUUGUAAAAUAUGGACCAAGUUAGAUCUGAAUGGAAAUAUUUGUGUACAGUUGUAGAUUAUGUGAAAAAUCAGAUAAACAUAUGCUGUAAAGGUUCAACACUGAUUUAUUUGUGUACUUCUUUAACAUAUCUUGUUUCAAGGAGUGGAAAAUGUUUUGUUAUAUAUACAUUAUAUGUUUAUAAGGGUAUUGACUGAUUUGAGCCCACUCAUAAGAACUUGUUAUUCUGUAUGUUUGUGUUUCUUACUUCUAAGUGUGAUUUAGAUUGUACAUAAUAAAUCUCUGUUUUUCCAAUAUGUCACCUGAAAGUUUAACUGACUUUAUAACCAUACCAUCAAUGAUGUAUGUCAGUAAUUGUUUGCUUGAAAGCAAACAGAGGCAUUGAGAGCCUAUUUUUGAUAAGUUUUCAAAAUUAUUUUAAAAGAAGAUGUAAAGACAACACCAAAUCAACCGUUUUUUUAAUGGAAAAAGGCAAAAAAUAUUCAUAUUUCUGGCGUUUUUUUGAGAAAAGAAACCAUAAUUACUGUUGAUUCAUUAUUAUUUGUGGUGUACUUAUUUACAGUGAUUUGUGGUUAAAAGUGAAACAUGAUGUGUUCAACAAAAUUACAAAUUUUCUAUAGGCUUGUUUGCAUAAUUUUUUGAACCCGUGAAAUCAUUUACAUGUAUCACUGAAAAUGACUUUUUCCACAGUCCACAAAAUUGACACUUACGUUAAUGAAUCCACAGUAUCUUUAUCAUUAUUUUAUACAAGAAAAAAAAAUGAAUAUUGGGUGAAAUUUUGCAGCAAGUAUAAAGGUAGUGUACCAACAUUAUUUGAAAUUUCAUCACAAUACAUUAAGAGGAUAACAGGAUUACAAAUAAUAUUAGAGAAUAGAAAACCCCACAUCAACAUCCGACUCAGUCCAAUAAAAAUUGACUUACAAACAAAAAAUAAUCUAGAUAGACUGACUUGAAAUAAGCACGAAUUGUGAUUGUUUAAUCUAGGUAUAAACAGAGAAGGCUUUUUAAAAAAAAAAUUUUGUUUCUUAAAUGAAGUCUAGAUAUUUUUAGACUAGGAUGUGUAUAUUGUAUGCAAAACAUUUUGUUGUUUCUUAUGUGCAGGAGCAAUUUCUAUGCUUUUUCAAUUUGGUUCAUCACAAAUUGAAUAUUUUUUGUUAUCUUCUGAAAUGUAGGUGUUCAAACUGUGAUAUUAUCUGUUAAUUCUAAAACCUUUUGUUUUAUGAUUUGCUUUUGGGGUUAAAAUAAGUCCCCUAAAUGUUGUUAUAUUAUUAUUUUUCAUUUUUUUAACAGUUUCAAUGUUUGAGUAGCUAUAAUAUUAUUUGAUAAGAAAAGCAAAUAUUUUUAGCCAUUAAAUCAAUUGAUCCUAAGAUUGAAAACUUAAUUUUAGUUUUAAUUUAUGAAUAAAAGGAAACCUCAGUGAGACAGCAACUACAAAACACUAAAACCAAAAGAAAUCUUAAGGAAAGUUACAGAAGAAAAAGCCUAUUGUAACCAAAAUGAUGCAUAUGUCAAUUGAACAGAAAAGGGUUAUCAUAUACAUUGUUUGGGUUUAAGAAGGGUAACUGUUUUUCUCAACUAAAUGUAUUGUACUCUUCAGUCAUGCAUACCAAUGCAGUAAAUAUUACUCAAGGAUGUAGUAUUGUAUAUUUGUUUGUUAUUGACUAUAUUUUGAUGAUAAUUUGCCCAUGCCAAUAAUCUGUACAUACACAUGGCUUUAUUUUUGUGCAAUAUACAGUUGUUAUAAAGAAUACUAUUUUACACUACUGUAACUUGGUAUUAAACCUAUAUUGAUAGUUUAAAAUGACAAAAGGAACAGGUAUGUUAUCAGCCAUUUUUUGGUCCCUAAAAUUCUAAACCUUAAAAAUUCUUGAAAUCCUUUCAAAAUAAGUUCAUUUUAAGUGCAAAAUUUAUUUUCAAUUUAUGAUGUCAUUAUGACUCAAACAUUUCAUAAGUAGCAUACUUCACAACAUUUCCAUUUUUUAUAAAGUUUAUGAUCAAAUUAACCAAUAUCAAGAGCCUUAUCCAAAAAAAGGUCUGUAGAUAGCCUCAUUGUCAUCUUUUUGCAAAAUAUCAAUUCUGGUAAUGCUGUUGAUCUAAACAGCGAUGAAUAAAAAUUUUGUUCAGACUAUUUAAAAAAAAGUUUUAUCAAAAUGCAGCAAGUUUGACAUCCAAUAGAAAAUAGGUGAGAAUUUUAUAACAAGAGUAGAAAUAAUUUGUAAUAAAAUAAGAAGACUUGUGAUUUUAUGGAUUUCAAAACAUGUUACAUGAUCCAUUUAUAGUACUUAGUGAUCUUUUAAUCUGUUGGGCUUUAAAACAGCCUUUUCAUGUCUUCUGAGGAAAUAAUAGCUUGAAAAUUGAAUAAAGAGCAUAUUAGAAUGUUUUCUUUCUAAAAAAAAUAUAAAGAAAUCAAUUCUCCUUCAGUUUGACAUUAAAUAGUGUAGAAAAAUUCCUUAAAUUUCAUGGUAAAAAUGUUAUAAUAAGUUUGAUAAAAAUUAAACCUUACAAUUUCAAAAGGGGCCAUACAUUGUGACUUGGAUGGAGAGUUGUCUCAUUGGCACUCAUACCACAUCUUCUUAUUUAUACAAACAGUGAUUUUAGACCUAUAAAUAUUUAAGGAGUUGUCAUAUAGUUGUUACUCCAUGAUACAGAUUUUCAGCUUAUUUAUUUUUGUUAUCAUUUUUUAUUACUUUAAUUGUUAUUUUUUGUAGCACCAUUUAAUUUACUGCUUAGUGAAUGUGAAAGUCUUAUUGUUAAUAUAUAUUGUUUUCUUUUUUAGAAGUAUGCUAUAAUUGUGUUGAUAUUCUAUCUGUGAUGGAAUAUGUGUAUGUAGCUGUAUAGAAGUGAUUAAAGCAUACAUGUAUAUAUUUCAUUAUGUUUGCAAGCAAGUUCAUUCCUUUGGGUAAAAAUAGAGCAAAACUUACAUCUCAGUAUAAUUUUAUUGAUAAAAUGGGAACAAGUAAAAAUAUCAUAAAGCUAUCAAAAAUGACUCCUGCAUGUAGACAGCACUUCCUUAAAUUGAGAAAGUACAGUUAAUUUGUUUUAUAAUUACAGUUUAGUCAUAUUCCUAUAACAUGAAAGAAAAUAUAUCUUUGUGAAAAGAAAAAAAAUGCAAUUUCUGCCACAACUUAUUUGAAGUAUCGUAACAUUAAGAACAAUAUAUAAAUGAUUUGUAAAUGUCUGGCUAGGAAGAAAAUCUAAGAACACUUUUUAAUCAAUAUUCAUCCAGAAAUAAUACUGUGUUGCCUUUUUGGCUUUUAAAGAAUAACACAAAAGAAGGCCUGAUUCUUUUUUGUUUUUAAUAUUUUUUGGACAAAGAAUUUAUAUUAUAUUAACAAUUGAAAACCUAUAUGGUAACAUUUAACAAUUGUUCAUUAAUGCAUCAAUCUUCCUAUUUAAAUUAUCGUUAGUAAACCGAUAAGGUGUAUUUUGGUAAAGUAAGGUUAAGAAUUCCUUGACUAUUAUUUUGUUUCCUUUAUUGUUUUAAUGCACAAUAAUGAUACACAUAAAUCACUUGUAUGUUAUUAAGUGUGAUGCUAUUAACUUCCUUUAUAGUCUGUGAUAACUUCAAUGUGUUUCUUCAGUACAUACUGUCAAUUGUUAAAUAGUCAGAAAUA